GGAAACGGUUCGCUAAACAAGGCAUAUACAUAAAACAGCCAUGGCUGCCGGGCAAUGGGUGGGGGUGGUUGAGCGGGUGCUCCGGGGAAUGGGGCUGAAAUGGGGGGCCAAUUUAGCUGUCCUGGCGCUGUGCGUGUUCCUCUUUGCCAGCGCCACGCACGCGAACUCACUGAACGCCAUCGAGGAGCCCGUCACCCGGCGCCACCACCAGCGGCAUCACGAGCGGGAGCGGGAGGAGAACGGCUACUGCGCUCCGUACAGCGGCAAGGUGUGCAAGGAGUACCUCACCGGUCAGGUGUGGUACAGUCUGGAGGAUCCCACCGGCGGAUGGAAGAACGAGCAGGUGACCACGGCGCUCUGGGACGAGCUUAUCUCCGAUCUCACGGGUCUGUGUCGCGAGGCAGCCGAGAAAAUGCUCUGCGCCUAUGCGUUUCCCAACUGCCACAUGGAGGGCGGUCGAGCGGUGAAGGCUCCUCUCUGCUUCGAGGAUUGCCAGGCCACGCAUCUGCAGUUCUGCUACAACGACUGGGUGCUCAUCGAGGAGAAGAAGGAGCGGAACAUGUUCAUCAAGAGCCGCGGCCACUUUCGGCUACCCAACUGCUCCUCCCUGCCGCACUACAACGCUUCUAUGCGGCGACCCAACUGCUCCUACAUCGGUCUCACCGAACUCAAGGAGUCCGAAGUGAGCUACGAUUGCCGCAAUGGGAACGGACGCUUCUACAUGGGCACAAUGAACGUGUCCAAGUCGGGCAUUCCCUGCCAGCGCUGGGACACUCAGUACCCUCACAAGCACUUCCAGCCACCUCUGGUCUUCCAUCAGCUCCUGGAGGGCGAAAACUACUGCCGGAAUGCUGGCGGCGAGGAGCCGCAUCCCUGGUGCUACACUGUGGAUGAGUCAGUGCGCUGGCAGCACUGCGAUAUACCCAUGUGCCCGGACUAUGUGGACCCCAAUGCAAGUGAUUUGAACACGCCCAUCAAAAUGGAGAAGUUCUUCACGCCGUCGAUGAUUUUUCUGCUAGCGGGAAUAGGUUUCGUGGCCAUUGUGACGCUGCACUUGAUGAUCUUGCUGGUUUACAAGCUGUCCAAACACAAGGAUUACUCCCAGCCUCCGGGAGCAGCCACUGCCGAGUGCAGUGUUUCCAUGCGUGGAGGUGGGGAGUGUGGCGGCAAUCUGAACACUAGUAGAGAAACCCUCGGAGGCAAUGGAAACACGAAUACCUUGGCAAAGUGGGGCACCAUCAGGAGCACGGCCACGGUUCACAGCAACUGCGUGGCCCUUACUACCGUGGCCAAUGUGACCGAUGCGAAGGGCACGAAACCGAACGCGCGCCUGGAGAAGUUGGAGUACCCACGUGGGGAUAUAGUGUAUGUGAGGUCGUUGGGCCAAGGAGCCUUCGGUCGCGUAUUCCAGGCCAGAGCUCCUGGCCUUGUUCCCGAUCAGGAAGAUCUCCUAGUCGCUGUUAAGAUGCUAAAGGACGACGCCAGCGACCAGAUGCAGAUGGACUUCGAGCGAGAGGCCUGUUUGCUGGCCGAAUUCGAUCAUCCAAAUAUCGUGAGGCUGCUGGGUGUGUGCGCCUUGGGCAGACCCAUGUGCCUGCUGUUCGAGUACAUGGCUCCCGGCGAUCUCAGCGAGUUCCUGCGCGCCUGCUCCCCAUAUGCCACCCACCAGGCGCCGGCACGGGAUCGUCUGCAGCUGAACGAGCUACAUCUGCUGCAGAUGGCGGCCAACAUUGCAGCGGGCAUGUUGUAUCUUUCGGAGAGGAAGUUCGUCCACCGGGAUUUGGCCACACGGAAUUGCCUGAUCAACGAGCACAUGGCGGUGAAGAUCGCCGACUUUGGGCUCUCGCACAAGAUCUAUCUGCAGGACUAUUACAAAGGUGACGAGAACGACUUCAUCCCGAUCCGCUGGAUGCCGCUUGAGAGCAUCCUGUACAACAAGUUCUCGCUGGAGUCGGAUGUUUGGGCCUACGGCAUCUGUCUGUGGGAGGUCUUCUCCUUCGCCUUGCAGCCCUACUUCGGGCUGACCCACGAGGAGGUGAUCAAGUACAUCAAGGAGGGCAACGUACUCGGCUGUCCGGACAACACGCCGCUCUCCGUCUACGCGCUGAUGCGCCGCUGCUGGAACCGCAAGCCCAGUGAGCGACCUGGCUUCGCCGAGAUCAACCACUGCAUCCAGCACAGCAUCGCCGAGAGCGAGUGCAAGGCAAUGCUCUAGGGAAUCGCCGGAGGAGUCAAUGACAUAAUCCUUGUCGAACAGAACGAUCGUCCGUUGUCCUUGGGGACAAGCAAUAGAACUGCACAAAAACGAUAAAAGGGAAUGCCAACACUUGAUGAUAAGCCAUACCUUACAGUAUAUCUGAUAGUGGUGUAUCUCAGCAUUACAGAAUUUAAUUAGGUCAUACAAAAUAGUUCUGAAUAGGAUAAAGAUGGCAUUCCUGGGCUAUCCCUUUUGAAUUCUACCGACCUUGCACCAUCUUUCGUACGACCUCAUGCAUAUUGAAUUGAAUUUUCGCACAAGCUGAGAUCAGAGGGCAACAGGUUUGUGAUUAAGUUAGUAUAGAUGACAGCUCCAUAUCUGUAAGAGAUCGCUCCGUUACCAAGUCUUUCAUUCGAUGCUUCCUCACAUAACUUUCUU